CAUCACUGCCACGCAAAGGUUUGGACAUUUGGACUCAGUCACCAGAUAAAUUCCUUGAAUUUCCUCAACUUCCCGUUACCAGCAACCAAAUAAUUCCAGAAUGUGGGGUAUGAAACCAACUGAAGCUGCGAAGAGCGAUCGCAUCAUACGAGUAGGUAUCAUUGGAUGCGGUCUAAUAACACAAGUCACCCACAUUCCUACGUUAAACCACCUCUCGCGUCUCUACCAGAUCACUCAUCUGAGCGACGUCUCCUCAGAUGCCCUUCAACACAGCCAGUCGAAAGUCGCCGGCGCUUUACCACCAAAGACCACUCUCAACGCCGAAGAACUAUGCACAGCACCAAACGUAGAUGUAGUACUGAUAGCAUCUCAUCACUCGCUCCAUGCAUCACAAGCCCUCGUUGCUCUUCAAGCUGGAAAACAUGUUUUCAUCGAGAAGCCCAUUGCCUUGACUCUGCGGGACACUGACACCAUCAUCAAUGCCAACAAAAAGGCAGGUGGGGACAAGGUUUUUGUGGGAUACAUGAGGCGUUAUGCUGCUGCCUUCGAAGACGUUGUGAAGGAAGUUGGUAGUAUAGAUUCGAUCCGCUAUGCCCGUGUCCGCGACAUCAUAGGCCCGAACUCCGUUUUUAUAGGGCAGUCGGGCUCUUUCCCUCGAACCUUUGGCGAUUACCGCGAAGAAGAUACCCAGGCACUGCAGAGGAAGACGGCGGAUGAUAUAGAGCAGGCUUUGAGGAAGGAACUGGGCGUGGAGGUGACGCCCGAGACGGACAUGAUGUGGAAUUACCUCUCCAUGCUCGGAUCACAUGAUCUGAGUGCGAUGAGAGAGAUUUUGGGAAUGCCCAAAGGAGUGGUGGGAUUUGCGCCUUGCGCUACUACUGGAUCACCAUUUUGGAGUGCAAUAUUCCAAUACCCUACGUUCGCCGUAUCCUACGAAUCUGGUGUUGAUAAUGUGGCGCGAUUCGACGCUUCAAUCGAAGUUUUUGGUGACAAUAAAACUGUUAAACUCUGCAUUGAUACUCCCUUCGUCAAAGGGUUACCUACGACGAUGGUUGUCAAGGACGCAUUACCAGAUGGAUCUUAUAGGGAGGCGACGAUUCGGAGGACGUAUGAAGACCCAUUUACGCUAGAGUGGAAGGAGGUGUGGGAAUGGGUUGCGAAAGGGAAGAUACCAAAGACGGGGCCAGAGGAUGCAAGGAAGGACUUGGAGAUUUUGGGCAUGUUGAUGAAGGCGGAUGGGAGAUGAGUUGGGAUGCAUGAUUCCCCCUAGGUCUGCACGUAAUAAGUACUCGGGUUCUGCUAAACUCAG